AACACGACAGCGGACAGAUGAUGCAGCUGUGCCACGUCGGAUUUAACUGACGUCACUUCAAAAUGAAGCUUCGAAGCAAAGAAAUCUUAUUAUGUUAAAGCCUGUUGCCUCGACUCCUCUCCCCUCCAGUCUGCUCCUCGCCUCCUCCACUCGCAUCUCCGGUGGGAGGGACUACGACGAGAGGAGGCGAGGAGGACUGAGAAAUGGGAAAGGCCUGAAGUCCCACCAUCCUUAACAAGUUAAGUUGAUUUUAAAUACCUCACCUUCCCCUUCAUUUACAUAUUAAUUGUAAAUAUUUGACAAAUCCAUGGGUGAUGAGUUUAAAGUGUUAUUAAGGUGAAGGGAUUUUGAUUCACAUUAGGGGUCUGAAAUAUUUUAAGCUGCCAAUUAAUGAGAUUUUAAACGAUUCUUAUUCAGUAUUCAGGUUGUGGCAAAUUAAUUAAUACAUUAAUUGUAAUAGGAGAUGUUUGAUUGGUUUUCUGAUUGGAUGAGGGGAGAAAACACCUUGAAAUGUAUUUAUUAGUUAUAAAAUAACAUUACAGGUACCUCUUACCUCAAUGUUUCAACAGAGGUGCUAAUUCAGGAUUAAUGAAUGGACAAAUGAAUGAAUUGUAACGUUUUAAGGAGUUUUUAAUAAUAAUUGCGCAGUUUAAAAAGGGCUUAAAAGCCGUCAAAUUGUGUGAAAACAUCCUGGAAUUUUUACCUUAAUGGAAAUAUUUCCUUUUCUCGUCAGGUCACACUUUUCCUCACAGAUUUUGUCUUGAAGGAUCAUCAGAGGCUGCUGUGACCUUUGACCUCUUCACCAUCUCUUCACUUCCUUUACAAGUUGAUGAUCUCAGUCAAAACACCAAGCGUCCGUCCUCACAGGAGACAACAGGAGACAACUAAAGGCAGCAGGAGACAACAAAAGACAGCAGGAGACAACAGGAGACAACGAGACAAUUAAAGGCAGCAGGAGACAACAAAAGACAGCAGGAGACAACGAGACAACUAAAGGGAGCAGGAGACAACAAGAGACGACAAAAGACAACAGGAGACAACUAAAGGCAGCAGGAGACAACAAAAGACAGCAGGAGACAACAGGAGACAACGAGACAAUUAAAGGCAGCAGGAGACAACAAAAGACAGCAGGAGACAACGAGACAACUAAAGGCAGCAGGAGACAACAAAAGACAGCAGGAGACAACAAAAGACAGCAGGAGACAACAGGAGACAGCAGGAGACAACUAAAGGCAGCAGGAGACAACAAAAGACAGCAGGAGACAACGAGACAACUAAAGGCAGCAGGAGACAACAAAAGACAGCAGGAGACAACAGGAGACAGCAGGAGACAACGAGACAACUAAAGGCAGCAGGAGACAACAAAAGACAGCAGGAGACAACAGGAGACAGCAGGAGACAACGAGACAACUAAAGGCAGCAGGAGACAACAAAAGACAGCAGGAGACAACAAAGCAGGAGACGACAGACAGACAGACAUGCUGCCAGCUCUGACCUCGACUCUCUGCACUCUGCUCAUCUGCUCUGCUUUGAUCGAAUGUACAGUCUUCCUGGAUCAGUUGUCGGCAGGUCAGAUCCUCCGCUCGCCCUCCAGGACGCGUCGAGCCAACUCCUUCUUUCUGGAGGAGGUGUUACCAGGAGACCUGGAGAGGGAGUGUUACGAGGAGAGCUGCUCGCAGGAGGAGGCCUCCGAGAUCUUCCAGACCAAAGAGAAGACGCUGGAGUUUUGGUACAAAUACACAAAUCUGAACCCCUGUCGGACCAACCCCUGUCUGAACGGAGGGAUCUGCACUCUGGACCGAGGAGAGUUCCUGUGUCUCUGUCCUCCUCAGUACCAUGGCAAGACCUGCGACUCAAUGCUGUUGGAAUGUCGCUAUAGAAACGGCGGCUGCAUGCAGUACUGCAGAGACCUGCCGGGUGGAGCCGGAGUUCAGUGUGGCUGCGCUGAAGGAUUCAAACUGGAGCCUGACGGACACAGUUGCUACAAGACCGUGUCGUUCCCCUGCGGUCAUCAGCAGAGUGAGUUUUUAUACCAAGGUCGCUCUCUGUUGAGUCACUCUGAGGAGGUCAAUGUCACCAUGGAGACAGACGCCAUGUUGGUUGACAACAGCACAGACAGCUGGGUGCCUAAACUCAAUUUAACAGAGGCAGAGGAGGGGCUGAUGACAGUGAACGCAACGUCUGGACCGAGAGGAGGGAACGAGACAGAGCUGAGGUGGGAGGAGGGGGAAGGAGAGGAGAUGACACCUCGUAUCGUGGGUGGAGUCCUGGAGAAACAAGGAGGGAGUCCCUGGCAGGUUCUGGUCCACAGGUCUGAUGGUUAUGGUUUCUGUGGAGGGAUUCUGGUCUCUGAUCGUUGGGUGGUCUCUGCUGCUCACUGCUUCGAGGAGACUGCAGACCACGUUACUAUAGGAGACUUUGAUAAGUGCCGUCCUGAUCCAGGUGAGCAGCUGAUAAAGGUUCAGAAGGUCUUCAUUCAUCCUCACUUCCACUCCUUCACCUUCGACAGCGACAUCGCUCUGCUUUACCUCGUUCAGCCCGUCGUCAGGGGCCCCACUGCCAUCCCUGUCUGCCUCCCUGACCCCCACCUCUCAAAAUACCUGCUGCAGGAGGGAUACCGGGGUGUGGUGACGGGCUGGGGGGCCACUCAGUACCUGGGCAGGUCCUCCCGGUUCCUCAGGAAGGUGGCGCUGCCGGUGGUCAGCUACCAAGACUGCAUCGCAUCCACUGAGCAGGUGAUCACAGACAACAUGUUCUGUGCAGGUUACCUGGAGGCCAGUAUUGACGCCUGCAGUGGAGACAGUGGAGGACCGUUCGUGGUGAACUACAGAGGGACCUGGUUUCUGACCGGGGUGGUCAGCUGGGGAGAGAAAUGUGCUGAAAAGGGGAAGUACGGAGUUUAUACCCGACUGGGGAACUUCCUGAACUGGAUCCGAGACACCAUGAACAGACCGGACAUAUGAUUGGCUGAGCAUUGAGCGUCCUCACUCUCCACAGGAAACGAAGAUCAAACAGCAAACGACUCAAAACGCCACAAUUUCCAAAGUGUUUUCCUAAAGUUCCCACAGCUGCUUCCUCUCUGCUUUCGGUCUUUUUCAUUUCAACAUAAAGGUUCAAGUUUGCAACAUGUCUGUGUUCACCCAGCUUACAGAAGAUGUUUAGGUUUGGUUCGUCUGAACAUGCACAAACAGUGAAUUAUAAUUAGUUUCUAGUUCAGUUGUAUGUUAACUUCACCAAACUGUCCUCAGUGAUCAGAGAAGCCACAUCUUUGUGAUGAGUUACAGACUUUAACUUUUCUAGUUAACGUGAAGUUGUCUUUAUCUUUUCUGAACGUCUGUAAAAUGAUGAAACAUGUCGACUGUCGGCUGUGACUAAACAACUCAAAGCUUUUCUUUGCAAAAA